AUGUCUACAGGGCUGAGUGUGUGUUUGGUUCUGGCGGUCCUUUGUACAAGCUCAUUGGGGCUCCCCUUCUCCUCCCAUCUCGGGGACGAGGACCACCGUUCCCCCUCCGCAGAAGCCCACCUGGAAUCCCACACUUUGGGGGAGCCCCAUCUCCGACACAGCCGCUCUGCACCCCAGCUCCAAGGGCUCUCCCCAUCCCAAGAGGAUGUAGAGUCGCGGGCCAACCUCAGCGAGCUGCUGGCCAGACUCAUCUCCUCUAGGAAAGGUUCUGUUCGUCGGAACUCGUCGGUCAACAGCAGAGGCGGCGGCCUGAGCAAUGCCGGUCACCGGAUAGCAGACAGGGACUACACGGGCUGGAUGGACUUCGGACGGCGCAGCGCAGAGGAGUACGAGUACUCCUCGUAG